AUGGUGCCAAAAAAGGUUUCGGCUACCGUUCCCGACUCUUCUUCUUCCGAGGAGACUGUUGCCCUUCCUGAUUUUCUUUCGGGUGCAGGCGUAAUGUCUUUUGCCGCCAUUUUCGACAACUGGGUCUACAGGUUCGCUGCUGGCCGAGUGGACUUCCUUCUUUGCAAGGAUCUUGUCAGCUUUGCGAACGAUUACUGCGUGUUGGGUCCUAGGUACGUGGACCGAAAAUCCGACCAACUUUGGAAUUAUGAAACUCAUCCCAUUCGGGCUCCUAUUCCCGUUUGCCAUGCUGAAGGUAUUGAUUGGUCGAACUGGAACAAGAUGCUUCCUCGGUUCUUUCCAAAAAUCGAUGUGUCUAGUAUUGACCUUCGCUGGGUUGACUGGGUGGCAAAAAUGGCAUCUAUCAUGCCAUAA